AUUAAUAAACUGAAAGAUUAUUUAGCUGCAAGCGAGUGUAACUGAUUUCAUGAUGUGAAACUGUCACAUGUUCUCUGUCUCUGUGAACUGUUGUUUAGUUCAGUUUCUUCUGACCAUCACACAGAAGCAGUGAUUGGAGAUGUUUGAGAGAGAAUCAGUGAGAUAUAAGAUACAGAGAAUGUCCAAAAGUCUCAGUUGUAGGAGAACCUCAAGAGACCGAAGUAGAUUAACCCUGCGCUGGAUCCAUUCUUCAGUCAAGUCUUCUGUAAUGUUGGAUGAACUCAGAGACGAGGGAGGAGAGUAAGAUCAAUCCAACUUUAAUCAAAUAUACAAUAAUUUAAAAAACAAGAAAGAGGAACCAAACAAUCUCAAGAACAUAACUGGAACUAGGAAUCACAAGAGAAGAACUGAGGACACCGACAACAUCCACAAAAUACAAGACUUGAUUAAAUUCACAGGAAACAUAUGAACAGAGUAAUAACGAGACACAAUCUGAGUAAUGAGCGGAGGCAGAAUAACUACAGAAAGAGCACAGAAGAGACAGGAAGCAGGAAACUAGGUGAAACAAAGAUACAAAGAGACAGUGGACAUGAAACACAGACAGUAUAUCUUCACUGACAACACACAACCUCAAGAUACCUGUAAAUAUUCAUCAGCAUGUGGCUUUUCAUUCUGAUUUUCAUCAAUCUUAAAGCUCUAGUGAGCGCUGGAUGGGAUGAGGUGAAGACCGUGAUGGAAGGAGAUGUUCUCACUCUACACACAGGAGCUACUCAACUACAUAAAAACACUGAGACUUUAUGGUUUUACAAAAGUGACAGUCUUGCUACACGUAUAGCACAGAUGAAUAAGGAGAACGGUUUUACAGAUUAUGAAAAUAAACUUGCUGGAAGAUUGCAUCUGGAUCAAGAGAGCGGAUCAUUGACCAUCAGGAAUAUCAGUAGCAGUGAUUCUGGAGUUUAUGAAGUAUCUCUCACCAACGGGUUAAACAUCUCUGAGAAGAAGAUCAGAGUUGAUGUGUAUGCACCUGUGUCUGUACCUGUGAUUGUGCACCGGUCCACAGGUUGUUUAAAGCAGCCAGAAGAAACGGAGGAUUUCUGCUCUGUGUUCUGCUCGGUGAAGAAUGAUCGAGACGUGUCUAUCUCGUGGUAUAAAGGGAGUGAAAUAGUGAAUCAGAACAGCAAUCCUGAUCUCAGCAUCAACCUCAGUUUAUCAUUAGAUCUUCAUUAUAAUGAUUCAGAGACCUACAGAUGCAUGGCUGUGAAUCCAGUGAGCAAUAAGAGCGUCCGUCUUCACAAGAAAGAGAUCUGCCCACCACAGGAAGAUUGUGUGGAUCACUGUGGCAUCUCUGAGGCUCUGGUUCGUCUGGUUCUGUCUGGUCUGGUGGGAAUCGCCACUGUUUUACUUCUGGUUGAACAUCUGAGGUUCUGCUCAUCUCAGAGAAGAGCUGUUUCUUCUGUGUGAUGGUGACUUGCACAAGAGUUUGCAGGGUGUUAUCUAUCACAUUGGUUUGUGAAUUGCAUUCACACGUGUGACUGAAGCACCUUUUGGUUGCAGAAUUCUUUAUUUAUUGCUGUGGAGAUAAAAGUAAAAUAAUGUAAGUUAACUAGAGUAAAUGUGUAUAUUCCUUUGCAAGUGCAUGCAACAAUAUCUAUGAAUGUAUUGAUUUUUCGUUUGUUUGACUGUUAUUAUUAUUGUUGAUAAUGUAUUAAAGUUUUCGUUUUGGCUAAACUUUAAUAUACUGUAAAUGCAUUAGCUGGUAGCAUUAACGUAUCACCAGCUGCGUCCCAAAUGACGCAUGCGCUUAUAGGCUGACUCAACAAUUGAGUCUAUGAAUUAUAUAUAUGCAUAUUUUGUCAUUUAUAAUAGCCUCAACCCCCCUUCGAUACAUAAUAAAAGUUGCAACAGUUCAGUGCAUAUGACUUCAUAAAAAAAAACCUUUCACACUCACAAUUUUUUAUCACGGUUAUUUAAGUGCAUCAUCCGGGUAUGGAAGUGCUCUUCUCUUUUUGGAAUUUUCAGUGUGAACGCACAACUCUUGCAUUCUUUACAUUACAAAACGUUAUAGAAAAGUGCAUACGGUAAGUACGUGAUUUGUGACGCACCCUACCAUAGACAUAUAAAUACCUAGACGCCUCAUUGGCCGCUUUGAGCCAUUGCCCCGAUACGUCAGUGCGUCCACCGCAUGUUAGUGAGGGCAAGACUGCCUUAAAACCAGGGGGCAAGGAACUCGACCGGAAGUUGAAGUCGGGUGGGGGCUGCCAUCUUUUAGCAGAACUUCACUUGCGUUAGCAUUCUCAUUGACUCCCAAUUAUUUUGGCGUCACUUUGACAGCGAAUAACUUUACAUCUGAGGCGUUUAAAGACUCCAUUUAUCCAUUAUUUAUUUCUAAAGAUACACGACAAUGUAUAAAGGGCUCCAUUACCUUCUAUGUUACAUUAUGGCCCCGUAUAAACAGUUUUUGUAAAAAAUAGGCUAACGAUUGCGUCAUAACCACUCGUCUCUCUGUCGCAUUACCGUACAGACAGGAGGAGAAGCUCGCAGGCAAUUAACUUAAUAUGGCGUACUGGCGUUACAUUUUAAAAUACUAUACAAAAUAAUUAAUCAGAAUACUUACUCCUGCUCACUCACGACAAAGAACUCCCCGCUCAAGCUCACCGUCUCUGCAAGAUUAACGAUGGCAGUUUGCACGCACAGCUACUAGAAGAUUUUCAUCUGUCAGACAGGUUGCUGACGUCGUCAAGCUUCGUUUGGGUCUGCGCGUCAGAAACGGAAGUGCUAAAAAACGCUAAAAUUGGGCUUCACUUGUCUGAACUGAAUUCCAAUGGGGUCGCUGUGUCCAUUUCUUUUACUGUCUAUGCUUAAAACAAAUGAAAGUAAAUGGGGGAGCUGCGGUUUUUACUGAAUAAAAACACCAUAUUAACGUUCUCACUUACCAACCAAUUUCAGAGGUUAAAAAACAAUUAAAAAAAACUUUGCCUCCAGUUGUUUAGUAAGGUUUGGAAAAUUAUUAAUUGAAAGUUCACAUUUGUCUCACUUGAUGAUUUCGUUGAUUUUUUCGUAUAUUUUUUUUCGUAAUUUAGUAUAACUGUGACAUAUUCAUGUAAUGUAAUUUGAAUGUAAAUUACAUGAUAUGUAGUUGUUUUAUUGCUUUCUCUGUGUUCAAUUGCAACAUUUUUCUUUCUUUUUAUCUCUCUUUCUUGUGUCUCAGGUCAGAAUCACUGAUCUGUUAUAUAUAUAGAUCAGUGGUCGGAACACAACCCAUUCCCUUUGAAGCACUGGGAUGAAACCUAAAUAAUACAUCUUUAAACACUAAUAAUUUACUAUCGUUGAGAAAAUUUAAUAAAACAAGUAAAUACAAAUCA